AACAGGCAAAUCGUUGGCCACUUCUGUAUUUUGUUGCUCUGUGAUUUUAGAAGCCAGCUGUCACUUCGGCCUUAAAUGUCUUUUGUUUUUUAUAUAUGUAUAUUGUUAGUCUGAUAUCGAUAUACAGUAUUUAUUACUCAAAAUGCCUAAAGGAGGUAGGAAAGGUGGCCACAAGGGUCGCAUGCGGACCUACACAAGUCCAGAGGAGAUCGACGCCCAGAUGAAGGCUGAGAAGGAGAGAAAGACAGAUGAGGAUGAAGGUGCAGCUCAGAAUGACAUUACAGAAAAGUUACAAGCAUCAGGAUCAGAUGAUAGUGACGAUGACAAUUCACAGAGGAAGAGAAUAGGUGUGGAGGGCUUGAUAGAAAUCGAGAACCCCAACAGAAUUGCUCAGAAGUCCAAGAAGGUGACCCACAUCGAGUUGGAUGAGCCCAAGCAAUUGUCGAGGAGAGAAAGAGAAGAAAUUGAGAAGCAGAAAGCAAAGGAGCGCUACAUGAAGAUGCAUUUAGCAGGGAAGACUGACCAAGCCAAAGCUGACCUCGCCCGCCUUGCCAUCAUCAAGAAACAGAGAGAGGAAGCGGCGAGAAAGAAAGAGGAAGAGAAAAAAGCAAGAGAAGCAAAAGAAGCAGCAGCAGCAGCGGCUAAAGGGUUAAACUCCCUCUCACUAAAAUGAUGCAGAGUAUUUAUCAGAAACAUUUUACCACCUUUAUGAACUGACGCAAUAUGAAUUAAGACUAUUAAAAAAAAGUGAUAUGAAGAGUAUUUACCCUACUGGUGGUGCAUUUUGGCAUGGAUAACGGCCGGCCGGAUUGGUAAAGCUGCAGCUGGUUUACAUACUAUUGGAAUGAAGUUAUGAGCUUUUACAUGAUAUGAAUCAAACUGAUCAUUUUACAAUGUCCACUUUUGCUUAUUGAGAAUUGGCGUUAUGUUUCUUUCUGAUUUUACACUGUACAUAACUGAGUUGUGAAAAUAUUUCAGAUUAAUAUGAUAAUGUUCAAACAUUAAUUUCUUCAUUUGGAGUCACCUGGUAUGAAUGUGAUUAGUCAAUACAGCAGUUGGUUCUUU